UUGCGGUCUACAGCGCUCUAAAUAUUAUUAUUUUUGCACACGCGACGACCAUGCAGCAGCUACCUAUGAACCUUUUCGUGAAUCGUAAUAUAAAAUAUAUKUUAAUGCAACUUGUAGCCCCAGCCGACCAAGUUUUAGCCAACCGCUAAGCGAUGGUAGUCUAAAUUUUUCAAAUUUAACGUAUGGAUCAAUUACAGACGAUUGUUUAGUAUAUCAAGAUAAAAACCAAUGGUUGUAAAUUUUACCUUWAAAUUUAAUUAUUAUUGAUUAAAAUCCCCGAUGACUACCAAGUUGAUUGACAACAUGAAUUUAAAUUGUGCUGUGAAACUGCUGCGUUAUGAUGACCUACUGCCAGCAUCAACUAGAGAAGAUGCUGUUUCAGUGGCUGAUAGUCAAGCUAAUGCUGAUGUAAAAAGAUCUGCGAGGAUAUCUAGAAAACGUACUAAACCCAAUAURGAAAAUGGCGAUCAAUCAGAUAAUGCAAAAAAAAAAAAUUGCAAUAUCAAAAAACCUAAAUUGAGUAAAAUUGAACCAGAAAAAAUUGAUGAUGCUCCUCAAAAAGAAACUAAAAACACCAAAAUCCAAGAUUCUUCUACAAAGAGCGGUUUAAUUGAUGAUGAUCUUAGUGUAACAUCUGGUUCUACACUUUGUACAAAUAAUCUUAUAAAAAAUGAAAAAACAAUUUCUACACGGCGGCCUUUGAAACCAAAACCUAUUAAAUUUAAAAUAUCUAAAUCUAUCAUAGCUGUUAGAAAGAAACCUAUAAUACAAGAUGUAAACAAAGAUAAUCUGUCUAAUGAAUUAGUAAAAGCUGAUAACUUAGUUGUACCAUUAAAAUCUCCUAAAACUAAAACACCCAAAUCUAAUUCAUCAAAUAGAAAAAAUCCAGUAUUAAACAAUGUUAGCAAAAGUAACACAUCUUCUGAAGUAGAAGAAAGUAAUAGCAUUUUAUCAAUAAAAACUCCUAAAAAUAAAUCACCAAAAUCUAUUAGUAAAAAAAAAUCUAUGAACAAUGCAGUCAAUGCUGAAACACAACAUGAACUUGAAAUAAAUGAUAACUUUGCUGUGCCACAAGUUCCUAAGAGUAAAAUAACUAAAUCAAUUGUUUCCAAUAAAAAAAAACUUGCAGUGGAUAACACAAACAAAAGUGACAUAACUAAUGAACAUGAAAUGAGCAAUAAAAAUGAAAUUCCUAGAAAACGUGGUAGUCGUACUUCAUUAAAAAAAGAAAAAUGUCAAAAGUCUGAUUUUGGUAAUACAUGUUAUAAUGAAGAAAGUUUAAAUCAAACUCAAAAUGUGGACUUAAUUUGUAAGACACCAUACAGUAAUGAGGACUUAAAGUUAUCUCAACACUCUGAUGAUAAUACCAUGAUGCUCAGAAGUAAUAAUAAACCACCAAAAAUUAAGAAAAAAUGGAGUGAUGAGUGGAGUGGGGACAAAUCAUCAACAAUUUUAUCAACGUCCAACAAUGAACAGUUUUCUAGUGAAUCAACAUUGGAURUUAAUAGUAAAAAAAAAAUCUCAAAAUCUCAAAAAUCGAAAAAAGUUAAAACUAAAGUGUUAGAAGAGUUUAACCCAAACAAUCCAUUUGUUUUCUAUACCCCAGUUCCAGAAUAUGAUAGUAUAGAUAAGUUAACAAUAAAUGUUCCUGUAGUGCAAAAUGAUGGCAUAUCAAUUACGUACAAUAUGCCUCUUAAAGAAUCAAUACCAGCUGUCUGCAAUGAUACUGUGUCUGAACCUGUUAGUGUUUGCAAUACACAAUCUAAUGAAAGCUCAUCUAAUAUAUCUAUAAUACAUACAACAUGUACUGAGAGUACAUUUUCCAAUAUCAAUGAUCAGCAAUCAGAUUCUAGUACAUUAGAAYCAAUAUCAGAUUCUAAUUAUUUAUCAGCUUCAGCAAUAAGUGCUAAAAAUCCUCAAAUGAGUUAUGGUAUGGCUAUACUAUCUGAAGCUAUCAGCCGGCAAUGUAGAGAAUUAGCCAACGAAAAUAUUAAGAAAAAAUCACCAGAACCGAAUAUUAUUGACACGUCGUCUUGCCCCCAGAAAGAAAUCAGUACCUCACAAUCUCAAAUACCUAGUGCUAAGGUAUCACCUCAAAAAGUAAUUAAGAAAAUAUCAAGAAAAAAAUCUAAACGCUCUUCGAAAUUGUGCUCACAGCCCGAUAAAAAUGAAUUAGAAAUGCGUAUAGAACAUGAAAUUAAUGUCCUUUCUAAACGUUUUGACAUCCCAAGUACCUAUCUCAGGAAAACAGUWGUAGAAGAGCCCCUUUCUGUGUUCCAUGAAAAGUAUUCCAAAUCAGUGACACCGUCCAUGGUAGAAAUCUCACCCAUAGAUGUUAAUUCCAAGUCAGGACUACACGUAAAUUACGGAAGUGGAAAUAUAGAUGUAGAGUACAAGUUGGAACCUAUUAGAGAGAGUGCGGCCUAUGAAAAAAAUAACUUAAAAGACUUGAUGCUAGAACUUUCAAAAACAAUGCCAUCAUGGAGCUUGAGCAUUGUCACCAAUCCACCAAGAUAUGUAAUUUCACAUAURUCAAUUAACAAGUAUGGUGUCCCUAUUGCGAACAAGUGCAUUGUACUUGAUAGAAUGUUUAGAGCUUCGGUUUACAUUAAUCAAUCUUUAGAACACAAAUUUUGUAAAAGUUACACAACAGCAACCGAAAUCGUUAAUCUUAUUAAGGAAAUAAAUUCUAUAUGAUAAAUAUUUAUGUCAUACAUAUUUGUUAUGUAUAUUUUUCUUAUGGUAAAUGAUAAAUGAUUUUUAUUUUGUUUAUGUUUCCAAUUCAGAGU